AUGAGCUCUGAAGGUGAAAAGGCGAGAACCUCUGGCGAGGUCUCCCGCCCUGAGCCCAGCUUGCCUACUGUGAGCCCCGCCGCCGACAAGCCGGAGCCCCCUAAGGCUACUUUCCACCCUGCCGUCUACGUUACUGCCUGGAUCACCUUGAGUUCCAGUGUUAUCCUGUUCAACAAGCACAUCCUCGACUAUGCUCAGUUCCGUUUCCCCAUCAUCCUUACAACAUGGCAUUUGGCAUUCGCGACUUUCAUGACCCAGCUCCUUGCCCGCACCACCACCUUGCUGGAUGGUCGCAAGACUGUCAAGAUGUCCGGUCGUGUCUACCUUCGUGCUAUUGUUCCCAUCGGUAUUUUCUUCAGUUUGUCUCUGAUCUGCGGUAAUGUGACAUAUCUGUACCUGAGUGUUGCUUUCAUUCAGAUGCUCAAGGCCACUACUCCCGUUGCUGUCCUGAUGGCGACCUGGGGUAUGGGAAUGGCUCCUGUCAACAUGAGAGUCCUCCUGAACGUCAGCGUCAUUGUCGUCGGUGUUAUCAUCGCCUCUUUCGGUGAGAUCAAGUUCGUCUUCAUCGGUUUCGUCUUCCAGAUUGCCGGUAUCAUCUUCGAGGCCACCCGUCUGGUUAUGGUGCAGCGUUUGCUCAGCUCCGCUGAGUACAAGAUGGAUCCUCUUGUCUCUCUUUACUACUUCGCUCCCGUCUGCGCUGUCAUGAACGGUGUUACUGCCCUCUUCCUCGAGGUUCCCAACCUCACCAUGGGCCACAUCUACAACGUUGGUGUCUGGACCCUGCUCCUCAACGCCGUUGUCGCUUUCGGUCUUAACGUCUCUGUUGUUUUCCUGAUUGGCAAGACUUCUUCGCUCGUCAUGACCCUUUGCGGUGUCCUGAAGGAUAUUCUCCUGGUCGCUGCCUCCAUGAUGCUCUGGCAGACUCCCGUUACCGGCACCCAAUUCUUCGGUUACUCCAUUUCCCUCAUCGGUCUCGUCUACUACAAGCUCGGUGCCGACAAGAUCAAGGACUACGCUGGCCAGGCCAACCGCGCUUGGGCUGAAUACGGUGUCACCCACCCCGCCCAGCGCAAGUUUGUCAUCAUCGGUGCUGGCUGCCUCAUCUUCUUCCUUUUCAUGGGCACCAUGGCUCCUGGCUAUGCUCCUGAGUCCGUCGACCGUGUCAAGGGCUACCUCGGUGGUGCCGCCGCCGCCGGCAGCGCAUAA